AUGACGCCCACACGAGUUGCAAUCAUCGGCCUUGCGUCCUCCGACAAAACCUCGUGGGCCAGCAAUGCUCAUCUACCGUACCUUCUUUCCCCUCGAGGCCGCGAGAAGUACAUCAUAGUCGCUCUCUGCAACUCCACCGAGGAAGCAGCUCAUCGCGCCAUCAAAAUCUACAACCUCCCCAACCACACCAAAGCACAUGGAGACCCAGAGGCUCUCGCCCGGGAUGAAGAUGUCGACCUCGUAGUUUGCAGCACGCGCGUUGACGUCCACUUCAAGACUGUGCUCCCCAGCAUCCGCGCCGGAAAGUCCAUCUAUCUUGAGUGGCCGCUUGCUCACGAUAUACAACCUUCCCGCGAGCUUGUCGAGGCGGCCCGUCAGAGCGGUAGUAAGACCGUCGUCGGGAUCCAGGGGCGCUUUGCGCCGGUUCUUGUGAAGAUUCGGGAGCUUCUGGAACAAGGGCGUGUCGGGAAGGUACUCGGCAGCGAGUUCAGAGCUGUGGAUGGCCCUGGAGGAAGAGAUACGUUGCCGGUGGACUUGAAGUACUUCACGCGGAAUGAGAUGGGGGGUAAUCUUUACACCAUCUUCUUUGCUCACCUCUGGGACCAGGUUCAGCAUGUUCUCGGCGAUGCCGAGAAUCUUUCGUCGCGUUUUCAAAUCCAACGCCCCGAGAUCGGUCUCGUGGAUUCGUCGACUGGAAACGUCAUCGAGGAAGUUCGGUCUGACGUCCCCGAUCUUAUCACCGUCUCCGGGUCGAUAGGCCCAGACUCUGACGUCGCUGUGAAGGGCGCUUCAAUUCUGGGAAGCUUCCACCUCGGCAAACCAUUUCCAGGAGAACCUCGUCUGGUGUGGUCCAUUUACGGGGAGAAAGGCGAAAUCCGGCUUACAGCUGGGAGCUCGCUCCUUCAAGCCAAGGGAUACGACGAGCCCGUAUUGUUGAAGGUCCACGAUUACGGUGACGACAGAGUUGAAGACAUUGACUGGAGUUGGGAAGACUGGCAAGAGGAACUGCCUAUUGCUGCGAGGAGCGUUGCGGUGCUGUAUGAACGGUUUGCUGCUGGCUCACCUGACUUGCCGACAUUCGAGGAAGCGUUGCGCCGCCACGAGCAGCUUGAACUCAUAUCAUUUCUUGCCAGGGGGGCAAGCAAAUAA